CAUAUACAUAUACAGUACAUGCAUCUGCACACAUACAGACAUGCAUACUUGUUUUAUUUUAGUUGUUUUUUUCCGGUAGCUUCACAAACAGAAAGUGUCGAUAGCUUUCAGACAAAACUUUGAUUUUGGAUGAAACGAGAGCGAUGGUGCCAGUGGAAAGUAGUGGAGGCUGAUGGAGACCAUAUUUUAUGUAGCCGGGGGUCGCUACAGAACGCCAGAGCGAUACUAGGUUAGAGAUCAGUGUGGAGAGCUUUCAAAGGCAUCUGUAAAAAAAAAAAAAUAAUAUCAUAAUGACUCAUCGUGACCUUUUAUGAAUAAUCCCCUGAGACUGUUCUAGUCCCCUGUUCAGUCUCACACUCAGAGGGUCCCAGGACACAUCUAGUAUCAACUUCUCCUCAACAAUGCCGUCUUUCCAUUCUGUGGCUUUUACUUUCAUGUGCAGCCUCUCUUUCCUCUCUGCUGUGCUCUCCAUACAGUGCAAUAGCUCACAGUAUGCCUGGCCGAGGACAACACAUCUGUUUUGUUGUAACCGCUGCCCCCCAGGUAAAAGUAUGGAGCAGCGGUCAUCUAAUUUAUGUGAAAUUAAAUGUAAGCCCUGCUUAAAAAACCAGUACAGCGAUACCUGGAACCUGGACUUGAGCUGCCCAUUUUGUACAGUAUGCAAGGAAGCAAACAUCGAGUACAAGUCGCAGUGUAACAGCACUCAUGAUGCUGUGUGCAGAUGUAAAGCUGGCUACAGAUGCAAAGACCAACCCUGCACAAAGUGUGAACAGAUACCGACCACCACCAUCGCCAACACACUCCAUCCACCCUCCACCACCACCGCCACCACCACAAUCUACCCGUCUACUAAAGAUAGCACGUGGUUCCUGGUGACAGUCGCCCUCCUGUGUGGAUUUUUUGCAAUUAUUGUCGUUGCCAAAAUCUACUCUUUUCAGCGCUGGAUCAGAAACAGGCUUGGUGAGUAAAUGUAUAUGUUCCAUUUACCUCUGUUUUAUAGAUUUAUAAAAUUAAUUCAAAUUAAUUCAAAAUUGAAUUAUCUUAAGCUAUUAUUAUCCCACAGUUUAAUCUAAUUCCUGAAUCAAACCUCUCUGUCUUGUCUUUAUGCUCAGGGUACAUCUUCCCUGAAAAGGUUGUGCCUGUACUUCCAUGCUCAGAGGAUGAUGUAUCAAAGCCUAUCCAGGAAGUGUGUGGAAAAUGUGAACAACUCCUUGAUGUUUGAGUUAUAUACAAUAACCUUGACCUGGAAGAGACAGCAUUUUACAGGUGGAAAUUUAAAGACACAGAUCAGAUGGCAAGCAUUUAUCCUUGCUUUGGACUUUUUCAACAGACAGAGGCAAACAUCUCUCAAUCCAUGCUGGUCAAUGGAGCCACAGAGAACGGUUGUUACAGGACUGAUGGGGUCUCCUGGCAGAGGAAGGACUGUGUGAAAUCUGUGGCAUUGAGAUGAUAAAAGUGUUUUAAAGAGGACAUGUUACUUUUUUCACCUUUUAAAACAGGUCUCCUGUGGUCUAAAUUAAACAUCUGUGCUGUGCUUUGAUCAAAAUACAACACGAAUCAGCACCAGAGGAGGUUUGUGACCGUGUAUAAACCAGCUCUCUCAGAACGCUCCGAUUUGGUGUGUGUGUCUCUUUAAAUGCAAUGAACCUCCCCUGAGUUUUCCCGGUAGACAUCACUCCUUCGCUAGCGAGAAUAAAAAUGGCUGGAAUCCAUUGGUGGAGAUAUCAGGGGAGGGGAGGGGAUUUUUUUUUUUUUUUACCAGAAUCCCACAGUGAUGUCACAAGUUGAGCAAAUUUGAAAUGGAGCAUUUUUCUCUGUGUUGUAGGACUUAUGCAGACCACAAACAAAGGACUGGAUGGGUUUAAUUCACAUUUAGUGGGUCAGUAGACACUCAGGUUACCCAAAUAUAUGUUCAUAAUAUGUCCCCUUUAAAGCACAUAGAUCCAGUUAAGAUAGUAAGACUGUGGUUGUGCAUGAGUUGAAUGUGCAGCAUGUUGCUAAAUGGGGGUAUGUACUAUGUUAACAACAAUUAAUUUCACAUCUUAAGAUUUAAGUGUUUAUGUAAAUAGACUUUGUACAAAUCACAAGUAAAUGUUUUCAUCUCACAUAUCCAGGUUUUCAUUCUCAAUAAAAUUUAUUCGUUAUCAAAAUGUUA